CUGUGGUCUUCACCUGAAGCAGAGGUAAGGCGUAUCAUUUUCAGGUGAGGAGCAUUACAUCUGGCAAUCACUUAAUCGGGACGAGAGCACAUUUGGUUGAAGAUUUAAGAUUUGUUAAUCUGAAGAUCAGAGGUCUUUUGGUUGGAGUUUGGCCCUUUCUGCAGACUCACCUGCUGGUACGUGACCUCUGACCGCUGAGUCAAAGGGCUUUUUGGAAGAUCAUCGGUUAUCAUUUAGCCUGGCUAUUCAGUCUAUUGUGGAAAAGACUAAUUCCUAAGCAUUUUUGGCCUAGUUUGUGUAUUUUUGAGGACUAAUUGAGAAUUUUGAGGUACCGCCGCCAUGCCUUCCCUUCCCACUUUGAACAGCCUGGGAAAGCUCUGCGGCUCAGGACGCAGUCAGCAUGUGGAUCGCACCCGGAUCAAACGCACAAACUCUGUCAAACGCAUAUCUGUCAUAGAGGAUGGACGUGUGGCAGAAGUGUUGUACCUCAUCCCGAAAGAGUCUGUGAUGCAACAGCUGCCGUUCAUCAACCCUGAAGACUAUUACUUGACUGAGAGCCUGACACCUGUGGCCCAUACACAGGAAGCUCACCACCAGACGGAGAAGCCUUUGAUACGCUGUGCUAAAUGUGGGGAGGUGUGCAAGGGAGAGGUGUUACGAGUGCAGGCCAAACACUUCCACAUCAAGUGCUUCACGUGCAAAGUAUGUGGCUGCGAUCUGGCUCAGGGAGGAUUCUUCAUGAAGAAUGGGGAAUAUCUGUGCACUCUGGAUUACCAACGCAUCCAUGGCACACGCUGUAACAUCUGUGGAGAGUUUGUGGAGGGGGAGGUGGUGACUGCACUCGGAAAGACCUACCACCCAGCAUGCUUUGUGUGCACAAUCUGCAAGCGACCAUUUCCUGCUGGAGACAGAGUGACGUUCAAUGGCAAGGACUGUCUGUGUCAGUACUGCGCAGAGCCCAUGUCUCCAGGACCUACCAAAGACGCCAUCGGACCCAGCAGUUGCGCGGGCUGUGGCAGAGAUAUUAAGAAUGGUCAGGCUCUGUUGGCUCUAGAGAGUCAGUGGCAUUUGGGCUGUUUUAAAUGUAAGGCCUGUGCCAAAGUAUUAACUGGAGAAUACAUCAGCAAAGAUGGCGCCCCCUACUGUGAGCACGAUUAUCAGGUCCUGUUUGGAGUGCAUUGUGAAGCUUGUCAGCAGUUCAUCACCGGGAAAGUCCUGGAGGUACAGAAACACCCCUCCCACACACACACACACACACACACACAGUUCUGGAAUGGAUCAACAGUUUGGCAUCCAAGCUGUAAACAUUCACUCAGAGGCGAGGAGAGACAGCGGGCGACACGCUCGUCGUCCGAGAGUAUAUGUUCCAGACCUGGUUCAAGCAUACCUAGCUCACCGGGUCACACCAUAUAUGCAAAAGUAGACAAUGAGAUCCUUGAUUACAAGGAUUUAGCAGCCAUUCCCAAGGUCAAAGCCAUUUAUGACAUUGAGCGUCCAGAUCUAAUCAACUAUGAACCACUUUACACCACCUCACUGGAUGAAUCAGAGGAGAGAGAGAGUGUGGGAGAGCUGCAGAGCUCCAGGAGAGAGUGUUCGCCCAUGCCAGAAGACAGAACCAGGUCCCCCACACCGACUACUGAGGGUUACUACGACAUGAGAGAACGAAUCCUCCACCGGUCAACAAGUCAAGGCUCCAUCGGGUCGCCCAUUUACAGCCGCCACAAUUACACCCCCACCCUGUCACGCUCACCACAGCACUUCCACAGACCCGGCACUGAGCCGUCCAGUGGUCGGAGUUCCCCAGGGGCCAGCACCCCUCCUCUCCCUCUGACUCCUAAACAUUUUCACAUGCCAGAUCAAGGAGCAAACAUCUACAGAAAGCCACCUAUCUACAAACAGCAUGAUUCAGCUGCCUUUGCAGCCCAGAGUAAGUCUGCUGAUGACAUCAUCAAAUCCGCCAAAUUCCCCUCGGCGUACACCUCUGUUCCAGACUACCCAGCAAAGAUAGAGACAGACUGCUGGUCCUCCUCGAUCUCCCAUGCUGCCCUAGGUACUGUGGUCACCCAUGAUACAUCUGUUCCCAAAGUCUCCAAACGCAGACAGGUUCAGGAGGAACAUCUCAACAGGAUCCAAUCUGGUUUGGGGAAAAUGAUUCUUAAAGAGGAGAUGGCGAAAGAGAUGAUCAGAGAGCGUCAUGCACGGAGCCUGUCAGCACAACGCUACGAACAUGGAAGCAAUCGAAAUUCACCCUCUAUAACAGGCUCACUGCCUGGAUAUGGACGAAAUGGACUGCAUCGGCCUCAGUCGACUGAUUUCACUCAGUAUAACAGUUAUGGAGACGUGUGCGGUGGGAUGAGAGAGUUUCAGCCCAUGCAUGAUGGCAACCGUACAGCCACCAGAAUGGACAGAGGAGUGUCCAUGCCUAAUAUGCUGGAACCAAAAGUAUAUCCAUAUGAAAUGCUUAUGGUGACCAGCCGUAGUCGCUCCAAACUGCCCAGAGAUGUGGACAGAACCAGACUAGAGCGCCAUCUGGCUCCGGAGAUGUUCUUUGAAAUCUUUGGGAUGGAAAUUCAGGAAUUCGACAGGUUACCUCUGUGGAAACGCAAUGAACUGAAGAAGAAAGCCAGACUCUUCUAACCGGGACCUACAACAUCUGCACACACUCACAUGAUGUAUCACACAGCUGUUUACUCCUCUUCUGUUGUUCCUUGCUAAAACUAUAGCCAGAAGAAAGCUCCAUGCUGCAAUAUUAUCAUAUGAUGUCAGUUUGUAAUAAACAGAGGGUCUAAGCAAUUCAUCCGUAUCUCCAAAAUUCUCAAAAUUCUAUUUUUUGUCUCUGUCGCUUUAAUUUUCUCUCUUCUAGAAAUGAGUCACCCUUUUUUUUUGUUCUUUGUUGUUGUUGCAUAUCUUUGUAAAUCACGUUUAUGCAGGUCUGAUUAUCUGAGCCUUUGUAAAUUUGCUGUUAUAAUCACAAUUCACUAUUCCAGUAAAGACUCCUCUGUUAGCGUCACUUUUGGUUCUGGGAGGGAUUGUAGAUGCGACACUGAGUAGGUGUCUGUUUCUUUGUAGCUGCUCUUGUAUGUUUUGAGUGCAUUCAGCGAGACUUUAUCCAUGCUAGCACAUAUCCAUGUAUUCACCCUUUGCUAUUGUACCAGCCUCCAAUUAACAUCUGUUAAUUAAAGGUCAAGUGUAUCAUUUCCGUGCCAACAGCAGCACUAAACAGAAUUGAAAAUAAUAUUGAUCACUGUCAAUUGUGUCAAACACAUGUCCAUCUUUCGUUGGUCAAACCCACAUCAUUGGUUACUGGCUUCUCAAACUGCUAACUUUUCCAUUUUAUACCACUAAUGGUUCAGAAGUGAUACACUUCACCUUUACGCUUUCUAUGCUGAUUUAACUGUUUAAUCAAUGCUGAUGUCCCUGGUAUAUUGUACAUUUAAAUAAUAGAAUACAGAGUUAAGGUAAAAAUUAACUGCAUUUGACUUUUUUUUUUUUUAAAGAGCGCAUACUCAGUCACACUGCCAAUUUAUUGUAUCUCAAUUGUAUUUCUGAGUAAAGGGAAAUGUCUCAAUGUGCAGCUCUCAGUAAAAACCAAAGGCAUUACAUUAUAUGAGAGCUGUAGUCUAACAGCUGUUUAUUCUUCAUCCUCAUUAAUCAAAUCAGAUGUAUUAUUGUGCAGUAUUUCUUUAUGCACACUAGAGUGCACUGGACUUCCUGUGAAGCUAGUACAGUGAAUUAUUAGCUGGACCAAAUCAACUAAUUCAGAUGAAAACAUUCUCAGUAAACACCAUAACUACAUUGACAGGUUUGAAUAAAAUGUGGGUAAGUAGAAUACAUGUCCUUCCUCCACUUCUCUCUCUUUCUUCAUAUGCUCACAAACAUGUUCAUGUAAUUAGGUGUAACUGACUGGAGUGGCUGUCAGUGUUUAUGACUAUAUAUUUGUGUGUGUGUGUCCAUGAAAAAAGUUUUAUUGAGAAUUUGGCUGCAUUAAAAUACAGUAUAGCACAAAGAGGCAAACAAACGUAAACGGCAAUACGACGCAAUGACGUCGUGGAUAUGCUAAUUAGACGUAUGACGUCACUCGGCGACUUUCCACUGAAAAGAGUCCACAACACAAACAUCAGUGACAAGCUCCAGAGUCCAUUAGGACUUGAGAUUAAGAAUCUGUGUCUUUCAAGCGGUCAUCGUAGCAGCACUUCCAAUGGUUUUAUGGCUUCUGCCCAGGCAAACGCUCUCACACGUGCAGGAGCAGAUACAGGAAGGGAGGAGAGAGAGGUGUCUGACUGGGGCAGUUUUCCUCAGGAGAGAUGA